AUGCGCAAUCUGAGGAAUAUACACCUUAACGAGGUCCCCUUGGGCAAUGGGCUGCCUCUGACUGCGACAGCUUGGGACUCUGCGACAGAUUCUAUUAUUUGCGCAUUUGGUCCGUCGGAGACGACCGCGAUCAUUGAACUGAAAAGAAAAUCACAGGGUUCAGUGCUGAGCGACCUCGACUUGAUCGCGUCCUGGGAUGCCCCAUCACCAAUACCGGACUUGCAACAGGACCGGAUAGUAUCACUACAACACUUUGCGGACACGCUGAUCACAUGUCUUGUACUGGAAGGGGGAGAUAUUAUAGUUGUGCGCGAAGAUCCUCAGCCAGGUGAAGAUAAGAUUGAAAUCGUGGGUUCGGUUGACGUAGGGAUUACAGCAGCUACAUGGUCUUUGGAUGAAGAGUUACUUACUAUCACCACCAAAUCCGACACACUGCUCUAUAUGACAAGGGAUUUCGAGAAUGUGGCCAAUAUUGCAUUUACCAGUGAUGAUCUCAAGAUCUCCAGACACGUCUCUGUUGGCUGGGGAAAGAAGGAGACUCAGUUCCAAGGGAAGAGAGCAAAAGCUCUGCGGGACCCGACAAUGCCAGAGAAGGUUGACGAGGGAAAAUUGAGCGAUAUGGAUGAUAAAAGGGUUUCUAUCAGCUGGAGGGGCGAUGGGGCGUUCGUUGCUGUUAGUAGCAUUCAGUCAGAUGCCCGCCGUGUGAUCAGGGUGUACUCGCGAGAUGGCGUUUUGGACAGCGUGAGUGAGCCAGUAGAUGGACUAGAAGGUGCGCUAAGUUGGCGACCAGCUGGGAAUUUGAUCGCAGCAAUACAGCGUAUGGAGGACAGAGUGGAUGUUGUGUUUUUCGAAAGAAAUGGACUUCGACAUGGCGAAUUCAAGCUUCGUCUAACCCAGGAGGAUAUGAGCACCUGGGCAUCAACAAUCAGUUUGGCAUGGAAUGUUGACUCAACCGUCCUUGCUGUCCAGUUCAAGGAUAGAGUGCAGCUGUGGACGAUGGGAAAUUAUCACUAUUAUUUGAAGCAGGAAAUCCCUAUCUCUGUGGAAAUGGGUUCUGGAAGCGGCCUCCUUUGUUUCCGCUGGCAUCAAGAAAAAGCACUGCGUUUUGUUAUUGGAUCUUCUGAUAAGUUAUUCGACAUUGAAUAUGUCUUUGAUGUGGCUAGAGGCUCUACCAUAGUCCCGAAUGAUUUGGGAGCGGUGGCUGUGAUUGAUGGCAGUAAGUUGAAUGUAUCCUCGAAACCCCUUUAUAACUAUUCCUAA